ACAAGGACCAGGGAACUGACACGGACCAGGAAACUGACAAGGACCAGGGAACUGACGGGGACCAGGGAACUGACAGGGAUCAGGGAACUGACAGGGACCAGGGAACUGACGGGGACCGGGAACUGACGGGGACCAGGGAACUGACAGGGAUCAGGGAACUGACAGAGACCGGGAACUGACAGAGACCGGGAACUGACGGGGACCAGGGAACUGACAGGGACCGGGAACUGACAGAGACCGGGAACUGACACGGAACAGGGUACUGACAAGGACCAGGGAACUGACAGAGGCCGGGAACUGACAGGGACCAGGGAACUGACAGAGACCGGGAACUGACAGGGACCGGGAACUGACAGAGACCGGGAACUGACACGGAACAGGGUACUGACAAGGACCAGGGAACUGACAGAGGCCGGGAACUGACAGGGACCAGGGAACUGACACGGAACAGGGAACUGCCGGGGACCGGGAACUGACAGGGACCAGUGAGCUUGACCGCCACAGAAGUCUGGGAAUGAAUUCCAUAGAUCUGUCACCCUCUGGCUGUAGAAAUUCUUUCUUGUCCUGCGCCAGACCUUUGUCCGAUGGGCUCGGCCGGUUGAGCACAUACACAGACGCGGCGGGAGAUCGGGCGGGUGACAGUGGCGGCUUCAAACUGUUGCUCAAGCGGAGUGCGCGAUAGAAUGCCAGUUGAAGGCUGCGGAAUUAUGCCUUAUCGGCUUGGCACAGCAACAACAGAACCUCAGUGUAGAUCAGAUUAACAACAGUCAGUUUUCAUCUCAACUGUAACGAUAUAUUAACCCGUGCCUCCCAGGACGGAAUGGACGCAGCCCGAGAUGCUACACUGCUGGAUUUCACUGGCAUUUCCCGGCCACAGCCGAAGUUCCAGCUGGUCACCUCGACGGAUGUAAGACUCCAAUGGACAGACAGGACUUGCAACUUCCAUUGGGCAGGAGAUUCCAAAGCCUGGGGUCCUUCAGCACCAACUUCAGGAGCAGUUGUUGUAUCUCCCUUCAAUCACUUGGUUCUUGAACCAACUGGCACAACCCUCAUCACAACAUUUCUGCAACGAUAUCGCUACUCUAUCGCCACAAUAAUUCAACGGCAGACGCUAUCUCAAUGGCUCUCCACAUACCUUUAGAACACCCAGACAGCACAGACACCUACGUCAGGAUGCUGUUCAUCGACUAUAGCUCAGCAUUUAAUACCAUCAUUCCAACAAUCCUGAUUGGGAAGAUGCAGAACCUGGGCCUCUGCAAUUGGAUUCUCAACUUCCUAACCGGAAGACCACCGUCUGUGCGGGAGAGAAUCUGCAGAUGCAGGGAUUCGAAGCAACACAUGCGAGGUGUUGGAGGAACACACAGAAGGGCAACCAGCAGCGACAGCAAAGCGAGAGCCGUCCAUGUUUCGGGCUGAGACCUUUCAUCAGGACUGAUUGAUAUUACUUUUUGUAUCAGCGUAGCUUGUCGUCCUCUGCACGCUGUUUGUUUGUCGGACCUGUUGGCUGCUGCCUUUCAUUAAUUCUGCUGUCUUUCUUCAAUCUACUCAGCAUGCGGGCGAGAAAGUGUAUCUCAGGGUUGUGUAUGCGGAUGUAGGAAUCUCAGGGUUGUGUACGAUGACGUGAGAAUCUCAGGGUUGUGUAUGCUGACAUCUGAAGGCAGAAGGCAGUGGGGACCAUGUCUCUGGAAGCUUUCAAGAAAGAGAUGGAUAGAGCUCUUAAAGAUAGCAGAAUCAAAGGUUAUGGGGAUAAGGCAGGAACUGGAUACUGAUUGUGGAUGAUCAGCCAUGAUCACAGUGAAUGGCAGUGCUGGCUCGAAGGGCCGAAUGGCCUACUGCUGCACUUAUUGUCAAUUGUCUAUUGAAUCAGUUCAGAGUUGAGGUUAUCCUCACUGGUUCAGGAGCCUGAUGGCUGAGGGGUAAUAACUGUUCCUGAACCUGCUGGUGUGGGACCUCAGGCUCCUGUACCUCCUUCCUGAUGGAAUCAGUUCAGAGUUGAGGUUAUCCUCACUGGUUCAGGAGCCUGAUGGCUGAGGGGUAUUAACUGUUCCUAACGUGAUGGUGAGCGGCCACAGGCUCCUGUACCUCCUUCCCGAUGGCAUCCGUACCCACAGGCGCUCGUGUGCACUGAAUUAAACUUGACUUCGUCUGUGCUUGGUUUAACUCAGGGUCGGGGACGGUUUUGUUUCCUUAAGGCCACAAGACAUAGGAGCUGAAUUAGGCCAUUCAGCCCAUCGAGUCUGCGCCUCUAUCCCAUCCUGGCUGAUUUAUUAUCCCUUUCAAACCCAUUCUCCUGCCUUCUCCCUGUCAUCUUUCAAGGCCUGUCUAAUCAAGGGCUUAUCGACCUCCGCUCUAAAUUCACUCAGUGAGUUUGCCUCCACAGUCGACUGUGGCAACGCAUUCCUCAGAUUCUGAGGCAGAGCGGCGAGGGCUGCAGCUUCAGUAGAGAGGGCCGAGGAGGGGAUUACUAACGUCCCGAGCAGCUCGAGAGGGUGGGGGGAAGUGGGCGAUGGUGGGCGACCGUUGGUGGUAGGGGGAAGUGGGAUUGUAACAGUGUUCAGGACCUUAUCAGUGCGGGCUGUCAGUUAGACGGGGGGCGGUGAUAGGAUCAGAUGCUGGGUGAGUGGGGGGGGGGGAAGGGGCCAGACAGGGACUAUAAGAGACGGUACACGUCCUUGCAGUCCACCACAGCGGCUGGAGUUGUCCGAACGAGUGUGGUCCUGCUCUGUUGUUCGGUAUCGGGUGCGGAUAUCGCAAUGUUCCGGCUUCUCGUUGCCUGCCUGGUGGCGACCCAGCUCGUCCCGUCUCGGUGCUCCUCCCCGGCGGAUCUGCCAGAAGAUGAGGAGGACGAGGCGAUGUUCCAAAUGCGGUCCGAUUUCGAGGAGUUCAAAGUGGCUUACAACAGGAGUUAUGACGGAGAGGAAGAAGAGAAUCGCCGUUUCCAGAUCUUCGUGGAGAACAUGAAGAAAGCUGAGCAGAUGGAAGACGACGACAGAGGAACGGCCGAGCAUGGAGUCACCAAAUUCAGUGACAUGACAGACGAGGAAUUCGAGCAGUUCUACCUCAACCCGUUGACGAUGAACGACACGUCCUGGAUACAGGAGAUGGCGAAGGUGCCGGUGGCCGAACCGAUUGCGGAAUGUCGGAUUCGUCGGCGAAUAGACUGGAGAAGUUACGGUGCGGUAACGUCAGUCAAAAAUCAGGACCAGUGUGGCGCCUGCUGGGCCUUCGCAACCAUCGCCAACGUGGAGUCCAUGUGGUUCCUCAAGACCAAGCGACUGAUCAGCAUGUCGGAGCAAGAGCUCCUGGAUUGUGACCACUUUGACAGAGCCUGUAAAGGUGGCUACCCCUACAACGCCUUCAGAAGUAUUAUGCAACUGGGGGGGAUGAUGUCUGAGAGGACCUAUCCCUACCGGGCAGCGCAGCACCACUGCAGGUUCCGGCGCAGUCUCGUCGUUGCCCGGGUCCUGACCUACAAACGCAUUAGGCCUAAUGAGUGCGAAAUGAAGAGGUGGGUGGCCAAGAGAGGACCCAUCAUCGUCAUGAUGAAUGCGCGAGCACUGAAAGGCUACAGGCGAGGCAUCCUCCGUCCCAACUGGUUUUGGUGCCCCCCCAUCACACUCAAUCAUGUGCUCCUGGUUGUGGGGUAUGGAGUCGAAAGGGGGUUGCCUUACUGGAUCAUAAAGAACAGUUGGGGAAGGAACUGGGGCGAAAACGGAUAUUUUCGCAUCUACUGGGGUGAGAAGGCCUGCGGACUGAACCGUUUCCCCAUGACUGCCAUUGUGUAGUCGGCAGCUCUGAGGCGAACCACGGCCGAUCCUGGGUGGUCCCAGGCGGUGUGUCGUCUGGAGGAAGACUCCAGUACCGCAGCUUAGCAAACCUUUCUCGACAGGUGGGAGUGCCUUCCACGCCCCCCAACCCCGCCUUCCCAUUCCCCAUCUCACCUCUCCAUUCCUCAGUACUAUUCCAGUGGCGGCCCCUGGUCACUCAGCCACACUGCCACACUGGCCAGUGCCCACUGCCCCUGCCAAACACGCCCACAAGCCCCACCACUCCGAUUUGCAGUCCAAUGCAUGAGAGAGGCACCUGGGGUUGGCGGGAGACCCUGCCCAGAUAGCCAGAGCUCUUGUAUUGACCUCACACCAAUCAGAGGCCCCAGGGCGACGUAGGGAGGUGAUUGGACAAUUACCACAUCAUCCAUUGGGAACGAUUGGUUCACUUGAAUGGAUCCAUCUUGGGAUAGGAGCGUUUCGUUGGAAUGCCGGCUGGUUGGAAGGGGAGGAAUCAAGGUGCCACUUCCCGUUGGUCCCUGGUAUGGAUGGAUUCCCUCCGGCAUACUUUACUGGGAAGCGGGUGAUCAAUUAGAUCAUAAGACACAGGAUUAGAAUGAGACCAUUCGGCCCAUUGAGUCUGCUCCGCCAUUCAGACUUGGCUGUUUUAUUCACUGGAAAAGUCUCCCUUGUGGGAUGGUGGUGCUGGGAUUGGCCCAAGUCCCCACCGUUUUCCCAUUUGAUUUGACGUUAAUUGAACCCGGUCCCGCAUUUUCUUUUGGCUUUUGCAAAGACUCAAUAAAAAUGUUCUGAAGCUUCGGUGUGAGUGGUUGUG